AUGUCUAAAAAAUUAUCUUCAUUAUCUUUAAACUCAUCAGAAGUUUUUCCAAUUCAAAUUGAAUAUUUGAAAAAAUUGAAAACAAAUUUUUCAUUAUCACUAAAACAAAAUUGUUUAAUUUUGUUAUCAAAAUUAAUAACAUCAGAAAAUAGUAAUUUAAAUUUAGAUAUAUUACCACUAGAUUUAAAACAAGAAUUAAUUCAUUUCCUAUUGGAAUACAGAUUAUUAUAUAACUAUAAUAAUGUUAAUCUUAAUGGAAGUAGUGGGAAUUUAAAUAAUAAUAUUAAUAAUAAUAAUAAUAAUAAUAAUAAUAAAAUAAUAUUUCAAACUGAAAUAUUUCAAUCAAUUGCAGAUAAUAGGAUAAAAUCAUUGGAUUUUAGUGUUGUAAAAAGUAAAAUUUCAAUUGGUGAUCCAACAAAGGAUAUUCUAAAAUUAUGUACAGAUAUAAAAAAUUUAGAUUUUUCUAAUUGUUAUAAUGUUAAUGAUUCAUUUUUAAAAAUUAUUAUAAAUAAUCUCCAAUCAUCAUUAUCAUCAUCAUCAUCGUCAUCAUCAACAAAUAUUUCACCAUUAUUAUUAUCAAAAUCAAAAUCCAUUGAAUUCAAUAGCAAUGAAAGACUAUCAUCAAUUGAAACUAAUAGUAGUGGUAGUGAUGAUCCAAAUAGUAGUGGUGGCUCAGCAUCAAUAAUAAUUCCACCAACACCAAUACCACCACCAAUCAUGUUAAGUCAAUUAACACCAAAAAAACAAAAAAGAUUUUCAUUAAAAAAUAAAAUAUUUUCAAAAAAGAAACAACAAGAUGAAAUAAAUAACCCUGAAUGUAAUAGUAGUAGUAGUAGUAAUAAUAAUAAUAAUAAUUGUAAUAAUAGUCAACAACAAGAACUAGAUCAACAAGUUCAAAUCCAACAAGUUCAAAAUCAACAACAACAACAAAAUCAAAAAAAAUUAAAACAAUCUAAUGAAGAAUUAAAAAGUAACGAUGUGUUUAUAACACCAUCAUCACCAAGACAAAAUCUUCAAAGAAAUUCAAGUAUUUUAUCAAAUAUAUUAAGCUCAAAUUCUCAAAAAUCACCAUCAUUCAAUGAGAAUUUUGGUUUAUUUUUCUUAUCAUUAAAACAAUGUUCAUCAGUUUCUGAUAAAGUUAUUAGAAAAAUAAUUAAAUUAUCACCAAAUAUUCAAUAUCUUGAUUUGACUGGUUGUAAAAUAACUCCAAAAACAUUGUUAUAUAUAACAACAACAUGUACAAAAUUAAAAACUUUAAAUAUUGGUAAUAUUGAUUUCCCAAUUUCUCCAAUAUUAGCUCAAUCAAUUUCAAAACUUCAAUCAUUAGCAUCAUUAGAUUUAAGCAGUAUACCAAAAUUAACAACUCAACUUUUAACAACAAUCAUUACCUAUUCAUCAAGUAAUGGUAUUGAUCAACCCCACAGAGCAACUAUUAGUGAACCUCCAACUCCAAGAGAAAGAAAUAGUACAAAUAAUAAUAAUAAUAGUAAUUUAAAUCAAAUGAUGAAUAAAUUACAAAUUUCCAAUUCUCAACAGCAACAAUCACAAUCGCCACCAACAUCACCUGAUAUAAACUCAUCAACAACAACAAAUUCAAAUUUAUCUUUACAACAUCAACAACAAUCAAUUCAAUCAACAAUUAAAAAUAUAAAUUUAUCACCAUCAAUUCAAUCAUUAGCAUCAAUUUCAACAGCAUCAUCAAAUUUAUAUACACCAAGAUCAGUUUUAUCAUUUGAAAUGUUUGGAGUAUUUCCAAAUACUUUAUUAACACUUAAUUUAUCACAAACUGAUAUUGAUGAUGCAAGUUUAUUAAUAUUGGCAAGAAGAUGCAUUUACCUUCAAGAUUUAGAUAUUUCAUUUUGUACAAAGAUUACAAAUCAAGGUUUAACUGAUAUAUCAAAUUAUUUAUGUACAUUAGUAAGUUUUUCAGCAAAAAUUAUAAAAGCAUCUUAUGGUUUAGUUGAUUUAAUUAUUGCAAAUUUUAAUUUAAUUAAAUUGGAUUUACAAUAUACUAAAUUGGAAGAAUCUCAUUUAAAAGAAAUAUUCUCAAGUGUAAAUUUAACAAAUUUAAAUCAUCUAAGAUUAGACGGUACUCCAAUCACUGAUGAAAUCUUUAGAAUGAUACCUAUUCGUAAUAAGAAUUUAAAAGUGGUAGGUUUAUCAAGUUGUAAAGGAAUUUCAUGGGACAUAUUCACAAUUUUAGCAACUCAAUUUAAAACAUUAAAAAAAUUAUAUAUCUCUCAUUGUAAAAUGGGUGCUAAUUCAUCAAUCAAUAUCUCUGGUGGUAGUGGUAGUAGUAUUGGUCAUUUAGAGAAGGUUAAAUUAUUUUUUAGUGAAUGUUCAGAAUUGGUAGUAUUAGAUAUAUCAUUCACACCGUUAGUUAAAGAUUCAAUACUUCAACUAUUAAUUGAUAGUGGUAGUAGUGAUGAUAGUAGUGGUAAAGUUGGUUGUUCAAGAUCAUUAGAAUCGUUAUUCAUUGGUGGUGGUUUUCAUAAUCUUUCAUCAUCAAUUUUACAUAAUCUAGUUAUUGAAUGUAAUAGAAUUAGAGUUUUCUCAUGUAUACAAUGUUAUAAUAUAAAAGAUGAAACAAUAUCACUAGCAUUAGACAAAUGGUUAUUAUUGGAAGCAUUAGAAUUAACUGAUUGUAUUUCAUUAUCAACUUCAACAAUUACAAAUUAUAUUACAUCUGAAACUUCUCAUAUUCAUUCCCAUCUUCGUUUUAUAUUUUUUAGUAAUUUAAUUAAUAAUGAUAAUUUAAUUAAUAAUAAUAAUAAUAAUAAUAAUAAUUUUAAUAAUAAUAAUAAUGAUAAUAAUAAUGAAAAUAGUAAUAAUAUUGACGAAAACUUAUUAUUAAACAAAGUUAAAGAAAAUUCUUCAUUAGAAAUUUUUGAAUUCAAUAGAGAAAUCACUUUAGAAAAUGUUAUAAAUCAAGGAUGGUUAAAUAUUUAA